GACAAGUGGAGGUCGCAGAAACUGUACUGUACUCGGUACACACUGGAUGCAGUAAAAGGAUGAGGCACAUUCGCCUACAUAGCCAGUGCCGGUAUGCAAUGCAGGCAUGGCACAUGGAUGGGGAUGCUCCAAGCCAUUUUGGUGCCUGGGUAGCAAGUGCCCUCUGGCCCAUCACUUCCAUGGCAGCUCUGAUACUGCGCUUAAGGAAUGGCGUGGCAAUAUUCAAAGCCCUCACUUACACGCGGCACACAGGUACAAGGUCACAUGGGCCUCAAAUAUUAAUUGCAAGCAUUGUCAUACAGUUAUGUAACCACAUAUCUGUGGGUAUGCAUGCAUUUCUUUUGGUAGUUGCUGCUGUGAAAUGAUAUGAAUUGAGCUUUCUGCAAUUCAAUUGCAAUGGAGAUUCAGAUUGAUAGGUUGAGUGACUUGCCUGACAAUUUAUUGUGCUGCAAUAUUCUUUCUCGUCUCUCACUGAAAGAUGCCAUUCGCGCUUCUCUUCUGUCUCACAGAUGGAAAACCCUCUGGAGAAACAUUCCCCACAUCGAUUUUUCUCUGUCUUUUUUUGACUCACUCUUAAAACUUACUUGCCGCCUUGCAGAAAUGGCAGAAAUCAAGUCCUCAGUUAAGUACGUGGAAAAUGUGAUAAACAAUAUCAUUUUGCUUCACUCUACCCCUCUUGAGAGUGUGCAGUUUGAUCUUUCCUUCCAGGGGCGUCAGAAUCGGUUGGGGGAAAAAAUACUCAACAAUGUGAGCAUUGAGCAAUGCAUAAAAGGGGCAGCUGUGAAGGGAGUGAAAAGAGUUGCUCUUUGUUACAGGGGAAUGUCGGGAAGGCAAGUACCGUCUUCUCUUUUUGCAUGUCAGCUUCUAAGGGUUUUGGAAAUCGAGGGUUUUUGGAUUACAGAAAUACCCAGUGAUUUUAGGGGUUUUCUGUUUUUAAAGACUUGUUCUCUUUCGGAGAUUGGUGAUUUGACUGAUGCGAGACUGCAGCAGCUUAUAGCAGUGUGCCCAAUUCUUGAGAAGUUGGUGAUCAAGCGCUGUGCUGCUUUGUUUAAUUUGCAAAUCUGUGCACCCAAUCUCACUUACCUGAACUUAGGAACUUCGUCUAUAGAAAACUUUACAGCAGAUUGUCCCCAAUUGGUUGAGCUCAAAAUAAAGGAUUGUUUCAUGUUGUCUAAAUUUGAGCUUAAUUCCAUCCCCUUUCUGCAAGAAAUGGAGCCAUCAGAUAUUUCAGCACUUGAAGAGAUUCCGGCUAUGAAAUCCCUGAAAAAAUUAUCCCUUCGAAUAGGAUUAGAUACCCCGUUUGGAGUACUCAUCAGCACAUUUCCAGACCUCGAAGAGCUGAAAAUCACAGACAUUCUCAUCCAGGACAUGGUGGCAGGGGAUGUUGCAUCAGACACGGCCUUCCCAAAACUGAAGAAAGCAGAUGUAUUUAUUUCAUCAGACAUAUGGGGUCAGAAGGAAGUAGCUUUGUUGGAUUUCCUUCUUAGCAAUGCUCCCAAGUUAAAUUCCAUGGCUCUCUGUAACACUCCAGUUGGAACAACAUUAUUUACUGAUCCAGAGUUCAUGAGUCACUUUAUGAGUCAGGUUUAGGAUUUGGAAUACUCAUUUGUAGAAAUGAAUUUUCAUCAAGCUGAAGAAAGUAGAAAAUGUGGUAGGAAUGAGUAAAUAUUCCACCUGUUAUAAAAGUAGUAAUAGAUGAUACAGUUAAGAAACAUACGUGAAGUUUGCAGCUUCUUUUAGUACCUAGUACUAAUCUACUAGGUAUCUAAGAAGGGCACUCGUACAGUAGUGAUAAAAUUCGACUUUUUGUGGUCUAAAUUUUGAUUCAGACGUAUUUUCAAUA